GGUAGAUGUAUCGUUGUGUGUGGUUACCGAGAGAUGUUAUUAUGUGGAAAGUGUGCUUGUAAAAAUCUUGUGAAAGUGAUAUUAUUAUAUACUAAGAAAUGUAGAAAUGCUUUACAUACAAUCCAUAUCUAAUUUUUUGUUAUGGGCUAAAUUUCACUUUUUAUUAGACAACUUGUGGUAUGUAAUCUCCAAUCCGAGACGUAAGGCUGAUCAUCGUAAGAGUACUAGUACUAGUCUUACUAGUAGUAAGACUAAGUCUAAAGCUCUUUGAUUAAAGUUUAACUUAAGUUAGAAUAAGAAUCAAGCAAGUUUCUCAGUCAUGAGUGUUUUCAGUGCUUUUCAGAAAGCUUGGGGGCAACGGUUUCCCGAUUGUGAAUUGCCUCAAGCUUGGGAAGAAGAUGUCCGUGCAAAUUUAAUCAAACACAGGGAAAGAGUUUCUCUUCUGAAAGAGGAAGUAGAAAAGGAAGAAUUUUACGUGGAGUACUUGGAAAAGCUUCUGGCAGACGCUGAAAAAGUAAAGCAUUCAGCAAGAGAUGAUCAUAGUGCUGUUUUUUCAGCUAGUAAGUUUGAUGAUGCGUCAAAUUCGACUGAAAAUGAGGUUGUCAACACUCAGGAUGAUAGCGAUAUAGAUAUCCUUUCACUUUCAGCUGUUCAGAAUAAUGAAAAUGUUGUGCAAAAAAAUUCUCAAACUGUACCUGAUAGUAAAAGCACACCAAAUGUCACUGAAACUGAAGUUAACCUGUUUUCUCAGUCUGAUCAAAACGUAUUAAAUUCUAUAUCACAUGUUACUGAACUCACUGUUGGCAAUGGCAAAAAACAGACCUCCAAAACAGAACCUGUCACUGCAGGGUUAAAAUCACAAAAGAGUUCCUAUGUAACGGUAAUAGAAGUUGGCUGUGAUUCAAAUGAACAGAAGACUUCACUAACAACCAAACAGCCAAGUGAAAAGACACCAACAAGCUCACCAAAGGCUAUUGGAAAAUUAAUCAGUCUUCCAACCUCCAAUCUGUCAUCUGAUGGUUCAAACAAUACUACUUCUCAGAAAAAAAAAAAGCCACCUACACCACCUCCAAAAAAGCCAAGACAGCCAGUUUCUGCCAUAACACCUGUUUUUCAUCCUUCAAGAGAAAAACCCAAGGCAUCCUUUACCAAUAUUGCCAAUGAAAUAGAAACUAAACUCUGCUUAACAGCAGUUAACAAUGAAAAUAAUGAGAAUUUUCUUGAAAAAGACUUAAGUUGUAAGCAUUCAAAAAUUGGAAGAAGUUUCAGUGCUUCUUCAGGAAAUGAAGCUUUUAAUGACUAUGCCCAUACUUCACCAAUUUGCACAUUUUCCACUUUCAGACCUAGUAUUUCUAGCAUUAAUGAAAAGGAAGAUUUUAAAGAUGAAUCUGGUUUAUUGUCCAAAAGUCAUUCUUCUGGAACUAACAGUUCAUGUAGCAGUAAUUCUUCCCCUUCUUUCACACAGCAGACUCUGUCUGUUACAAACUUUAAGAAACCCAUUGUUUCAGAUGAAGAAUUCUCAGAUAACAUUUGUGUAAAGGACAAGAUAGAUGAAAAUGAAGAAAAUAGCUACAGUGAAGAAGCUCUUUAUGACACAGUGGCUAUUGAUGAGGAUUUGGAGCCACCAAACCUUGUUGCUCAACAAGAUAGCAGCUCAUCUCAAUUAGAUACAUUAGUACCUUUUGAAGAAGAUGAUGAUGAGGGAGAUUAUGUCGUGUUUUCUGAAAGAGCAAUACUUGGAUAUCAAGAUCGUCAGGCAGCAUAUAAUCAAUCUCCACAAGCAUCUGUGACAGAGACUAACAUAGAGAGCCCAGUUCUUCAGGAACAAGAUGGCUGUAAUAGUCCCAGUUUCUCAACAUAUGUUAAUAUUGAUUAUUUUCUGAAAAAUAAUUUAGAGGGUAAACCUAGUGUUUCACAAGAAGAAGUUCUUAUUGUUGAUUCCGAUGAUGAUGGCUUCCACAUGCAUUCUUUGUCUAGUGACCAGGAAUUAGAUAACGAUCCUUCUUGUAGUGGAGCUGAAGAAAAGCUGGUCCAAACUGUAACACCCACAACUACAACGGAUGAUGUCUUUGAAUUGGACUCAGGAGUGUACAGUAGUUCUGUUGAAUCAGCAUCUUUCCUGCAGCCAUCAGAAGCUUCAGGAAACCAGCCUUCCAAGAAGACACAAGAUACUGAACAUGACACAAAUUUCAUCAAAGCAGAAACAGAGAGGUUAACCAUGCAGAAGUGUAUUAUAAGCAACACAUUGGAAAGCGAGAGCACUUAUGUUGACUGCUUAACAACUCUUCUUCAGUACAUGAAAGCCUUGAAGUCCAAUAUUACAACCUCACAACCUCUUCUGUCAUCUGAAGAUAUCAAUAUAAUUUUUUACAAAAUUGCUGAUCUCCAUGUGAUCCACUCCAAGUUUCUGGAGAGUUUGAUGAGUUAUGUAAAUAACUCGGAUAGUGAAACAAGUGUUUGUGAGUCUUUCAAAUCCUUGGCCAGUAAGCUGGAUGUGUAUGCAGCAUACCUCCGAAACUACUCCAAAGCUGUGGAGACAGUCCGUAAGUGUAGUCUCGAGAACUCAAAAUUUUCAGAACUUACCAGGGAUCUCUUACGCUAUGCACCUGAAUCCCACCCUGACUACAAGACACUAAAAACUGCCUUGAAAAUGACACAGCGUUUUCUGAAUGAGUUAAACCUCUCCACUCGAGAAAGCAUGUUUCCAGCUCAAGACAGAGCUCAGAGACACUUGGUGAAAAACAGUUUUAUUAUAGAACUUUCAGAAGGACACAGAAAACUGAGACAUUUAUUUCUUUUUAAUGAUGUUAUUGUGUGUGCCAAAUAUAAACCAUCUACGAGACAAAAAUUUACCUUUGAAGUUAAGUGGUACAUUCCUCUGGCAGAAGUGUUGUUGUCAGACCCAGAUGAUACUGAAGAUGUGAGAGAGAGUUCUCCUACUGAUGUCCUAACCCUAAAAUCCCGAGCUUCCACAGUUCGAGACCAGAUUCUAAAGGAAGAGAGAAACACACAAGCAAAAGAGAAACCAAAAGGUGCUUGUAGAAGUCUGGACAAACAGAGAAAGAAACUCUCGGAACUGGAAGCUCAACUAGUUCUGGCUUCUCCGAACUUGUUGUUUCGUGUAGGACAUAGGAAUAACAAGAUCUAUACCUUCUUUCUUUCAUCAGAGUUUGACAGGUCUCAGUGGAUAGAAGCUAUUAGUGUACUGCAAGCUUCAGUUUCAACAGUGACACCUUCAUUGAGUAUAUACGAACUUCAGACAUGGAUAACAUCUUGUAGGAAGUACUUAGAGACCAACCUGGGAUCAUUCCUGUUGAGGUCUGACAAAGAUGAAGACCUUCUUGUUGGAGAUCUACAUAUUGUAACACAGCGACUUCACGGUCUAAGUCAUCCAAUAGAUGUGUUCAUCUGUAUAGAGGUGGACUCAUAUGGACAUUUCUUCAAGAAAGCCAAAACAAAAACAUUGAAAAAUAGCAUAGAACCAUAUUUUAAUCAGGAUUUUGUUAUUGAGUUGGAGGGGUCACAGACUCUGAGAAUUUUGUGUUAUGAAGACCAUCCUAGUCAGGGAAAUAUCCUUCGGGGUAAGGCGGCUCUUGAACUAAGUCGAUCAUGGCUCACAGACAAACUUCAAGAAAAGUCGGUCAGUCUGCAAGAGUAUAUGCUCACGUUAAGUAUCAAGUUUGUUCCACCUGAAAUGAUCCUGAGGCGGAUACCAUCGUCAAAAACUGUUGGAAUGUUUGGUGUUAAGAUACAGCAAGUGUGCAAAAAAGAGAAGAACACCAUACCCUUUAUCAUUACUAGCUGUAUACGUGAAGUUGAGAAACGGGGUAUGAACGAAGUAGGAAUUUACAGAGUUUCUGGGUCAGCAUCUGAUGUUCAGCGGCUCAAAAAGACAUUUGAAACAAAUCUCUAUGAGGCAGAACAAUUACUCAAGGAAGUUGAUAUUCACACAGUGACUGGUCUUUUGAAGUUAUAUUUGAGAGAGUUGCCUGAUUCACUAUUCACUGACAGCCUGUACAAUAUGUUUUUUGAAGCUUUUAGUCUGCAAGAUCAGGAUGCAAGAAUGAAAGGACUUUUGUCAUUGUUCCAUUCUCUUCCAUCAAUCAACCAGGGAGUCAUCAGAAAACUUCUUGAUCAUAUGGUUAAGAUUAACCAGCAUGAAAACCACAAUAAAAUGUCACUACAUAACUUAGCUACAGUAUUUGGCCCAAAUAUCUUGAGACCAGGUGCCUACUCUACCAAUUCAAAAUCUGCAGACAUUCUUGCAGCAAGCACUGUGGAUGUUAUGGCUCAGGCAGGAAUUCUGUAUUUUUUCUUGAAAAGACAAGAAGCUGGGCUUCCUUUAACUGUUGAAUCCCCUAAAUGAGGCUUUAUUUUUCUAUUGUAUCUUUAGGUAUAUAAAUGAAUAUGUGGGUUUUAUUCAGUGGGUGUGUCUGGGUAACAACAAAAAACUUUGAUAAUUACAUCUUCAAACAACUAAAGUUAAUUUAUUUGUUUUUCUUGAUAUAGUUAGGAAUUUCUGGAAGUGUGAUACGUUUUUUGACAAAGAACUUACUUUAACUUUUUGGCUCUAAAGAUCAUCAAGGCAUUUGAAAGUUUAAUCAUAAUUACUUAAUACAAGUAGAAACGUAAACUUAUAAAAAUUAUUUUUUUCAAAUUUGCUAAUUACUAAUAAAUGUCUAGUUAUAGAUUUUUAAGCUGUCAUUCAUGCAAUUAUCCUUAAUAUAAAAACAUUUGAUAGAGAAUAUUCUCUUACAACAAGAAUUCAUAGGAUAUUUUUCAUGGUCACUUUUUUGUAAAUUGUGUUUCAGAUGUUUGUAAAAAAGCUUAGCAUAUACUUUUGUGUGUGAGGUUUUCUAAAAAGAAUUUAUUUUAUUGUAUUAUUCAGCAAAGUAAUCAAUAAUAAAGCAACAAUUUCAAAUUUAAUGAAUAAAUAACACUCAGAAUUAAUUAUUCUCAUUAUAUAUUGUGCUCACUUGUUCAGCAAAUCUCUUUGUAUCUUUUUUUUGUUCAUUUUGUUAUUGGUUGACCAAGUAACUUUGGCAUGUUUUUCCUCCUCUCCUCUUUCUCUGAAUGACAUGGUAAGAGAUACUUCUGUACAAGUCAGUGAACAAGAAUAUUUAGUUUUAUAUAUAUAUAUAUAUGUAUGUGUGUGUGUGUGUAUUUUUUAAAUUAUGUAUGUAUAUAUGUAUGUGUGUAUAUAUAAUUCAAAAUAUUUUCAGGAUUCUGCAGUUUUCAUUACAUAACUUUGAUACUAAAUUCCCCUUGCUAAUUCUUUUGAGUAAAGGGAGAUGUUAAAGUAAAUGACUAAAUACUGCUUUUCUGCAUAUGAUGAAUUUUAAUAAGUACCUUGUUCUUGAGUAACAAUAUCGUAGCCAAAAGUACUUUUCAACAAGAAUUUACUUAGAAAACCUUUUGAAUUUUUUAUUCAGCAUUUCCUAUUUGGUCAUAAUUGUACAAAUUCUGAAAAGUGUCUGAGCUUUGAUAAAUUUAUACAACGAAUUGUUUUUGCUAUCAAAAAUGUACUAUUUUAUAAUGUACAAGGUGUAGAACAAGUAAUUUUUUUAAAUAUCAAAUUUAUUAAGAUAUUUUCUACAAAACAUAGUUUACAAGCUUUUCCUGAUGCAUUUGGUAUAAUUAGCUGACAAACAAAUUCGAAGUACGCACAUUUGGACUUUUGAAGAUUUCUGUGUUAAUGGCAAUAUCUUCCUGUCUUAAUACAUACCGAGUUCAAAAUACAUUUGCACUGAUUCAGCAGUUUUGUUCCUAUCUGUAAUGAAAUUAGUUUUCAAACAAACCAUGUGUUAUUCUAAUUUAUAAUUUUAGUGGUUUUCCAAUAUACACUUUUUAAAAAUUACAAAAGAAAAUUAUAAUUGAAUUUUUUUUCUAAAAUUAGAUUUUAGGCAAACUUUUGUAUUGAGAAUAUUGUUUUAUCCAGUGGUAACGUGUUUUAAAUAACGUUUAUAUAUUCAUUAUAUUUUUUACUGUUUUUUUUUUCAACCCAUGAUGAAAUUAGUUCUAUCCUAACAUUGUAAUAUCGAGAUGCAAAUUUGACCUUAGACUUUGGUAAAUAAAAAGUGUUUUACUUCCACCAAUUGAAAAUAACUUCCUUUAAACUAUAAAAUCAGUAUUUUUAAAGCAGUAUUUAAUAUAUAAUUCCAGUGGGUUUUUCUGUUUACCCAUUUUUCUAUAAAUAUUAUUGCUUUUCCAUGAACAUUUCUUAAUUAACAGAAAUGAUGGAGGAUAUGAUUAUAGUACUUAGAAACGAUAAAAUUUUUUUAUAAUUUCAAUGUAUAGCUGUUCCCUAUUGUUAUUUGUUUCAGAUUAUGUAGAGAUUGUAUACAAGCUACAAUUAAUUUAAGCAAUUCAUUAUUUUUAUGUUAGUUGAUAUUGUUAAGUUUGUUGUGUUAUUAAUGUAAUAAAAUUGACAAUUCGGAGAUAAACAAUCUUGUAUCUACAAAUUGUAUAUGACUAUGCAAGAUUGUCUCACUUUGAUUAAAUUUAAUUUUGGGCAUAAAAAAAAAUGAAUUUUAAGUUAGCUUUUUUUUAUAUUUGUUUUCCACUUCUUUUAUGAGAUAACUUUAAUUUAUGCAGAGGUGACUUGAUAAUGUGCAAAGGCUUGUUCAUGCAUAUUUAAUUUUGUAAUGUAUUGUAGUGCAGACUGAAAAUUUUUUUGUAAACCUCAGCUGAAAGUUAAAAACCUUAAAAUGGUCUCCAAUUUUUUAUUGUUAUUGCUUAGUAAGGGGCCAUCUAUUUAGUAUGUACCCAAAAUUUUAGUGAUUUCUAACCCCCUAUAUACAAGUGUACCCCCUCCCCUGUGUGUGCAUACGUAGUUUACAUGUAACAACCACCUUAUAACAUGUAACCUGAAUAUUAUUAAUAGGUCACUGAAAGAUAUUUUGACCAUUAUAAAGGAGCAUAAGUUAAUCAGUGCAGAAGCAGUUGAAUGGUUAAUGAAUUUAACAAGAUCAUGAGCCCAAAUGCAUAUAGUUUUUCUGUAUGUGUAGGUGCACUGUGUACGAACAGAUCAAAUACAAAGUUUUUAUUUCAUUUUUAAAUUGUCUUUUUCAAACAACAGAGAAAUUGAUAAUAGCAAACCAAAAGUGAAUUAAUAUGCAAAAUAGCAUAUAAAAACAAUAUUGAUAAUAUGUGAAGUCAAAAAAAAAUCAAAUGAAUCUAGUUCUACCUAUUAUUGUAUUCCCAAGUACACAUCAUUGCCUUAAAUAUAAUGCAAAACAUGGGCAUUUGUGUUUCUGUUGUGACCGCUUGGUCUUGUGGAAAGGAUUCAUGACUUGGGUCGAAGUCUUUCUCACAGUCCUCCAAGGCCUUGUCUGGCUCUGUACUUAGUUCAUGACUAUGUCUUCUCAUGAAAGCAAUCAAUGGAAAAUAUAUCCCACACAUUUUGCAUCUUCUUCGAGACAACUCACUGUGAAUCUUUGGACAAUAACAUGUCAUAGCGGACCUCUCCAUAGAAACCUGCAUUCUUUGCUGCAUUUGACAUCACAUACCAUAAGGUGAGUCUUUGACCUACAGUUGCAAAUUCAGUCUGAUGAGGUUCCAGAACAUCUUCAGGUUCAGGUAUCUUUAUACCUUUAGCAUUCCAGGUAAAAGGAAAUUGAGCCGGUAGGAACCUUGCAUGCAUGACAUUCAUCCAGUUUGUAUGCUACUCUCUACAACAAGCUUGGUUACUGCAUUUAUCUAUUUAAAGCAAGUAUUGUGAUUGGCUUACGUGCUUUACUACCCGAUCUUACUUACUUCAAGCUGCAAAUCCUCAGCAUUAACAUACUCUGCCUUAACUUGAUGACCAUCAGUCACAACCCUCAGCGAGUCUUUCACCAGCCUUCUUGAAGUUGGCUCUUUCAAGUUCUGGAUCAAUGGUCUUGUCUGAACCAUCCAGAUGCAAUUAAAAACUGUCAUGCGGAAGGAUUAAACCUGACAGAUCAUGACUAAGUGGUGCCAUUCUUAUUUCUACUUGGUUAUAGGCAAAAUGGCCGGGCACAUGAGUGAAUGUAAAAUAUGCAUCAAAGUUAUGGUUUUUGAAGUGCUCUACUCCAACUGCAAGAGUUUUGGGUAAUCUAGGAUUUUCAUCUGGUCCACCAUUGAUACUGAGAACAAGAAUUGGCUUGAAAACACAUGUAGCAAAAUCCUUCAGGAAGGGUAUGAACGAUUCCUGGCCCAGAAGAUUGGCGAAGUCUCGCACGUGGGCGUACAGUUACUUGUGUCAUGCUUCCCACUACGAAUAGCAAUGAAGGUAGGUCUGCUAUAAGUGAGCACACAAAAAUAUGUUUGAGGAUUUAUGUUGCAUGCAGCAUAACCUUAUGGUAUAAAUAUAUGCCUCUGUGCAAUCUUAAAAUCGUAGUCUGGAAGGCACACUUUGUAUUCCAUAUGCAUCAAGAUUGGAGCUUGGGCAGUUGCCACAGUAAGACUCGGAGAUACACAUGCCUUGUCCUCAAUGCUUAGAAAUCCAGUGGCAUCUGGACCAAACCAUGAGCAUAUUUCAUAAUAUAGCUGUGUGAGGCUAGUGCAAAGUUGGCAUCUGAAUGUGUGUUUUUCUCAUAAUGUUUUGGGCCCUCAUGAGUUUCACUGGAACUAUGUUUACGUGACAUUUUCCCUCAUUUGUAUCACUUUGGUAAGGUGGAGUCUUAAAUAUGAUGCACUAUGGCUAAGCACAAAACCUAUUUGUUGAAGGGUUUCAGAUAAGUCGUCAAGAUUCCUACAUGAUUUGAGUUUAUUGCUCUGACACCGAUCAUCUGUCACUGCUCCUAGAUGCAAUUUUAUGGAUAGCAUUCGACAACUGAGGCUGAUCCACAUCAAUCGAGGGUCUUCCCUUUUGUUCUGUGUUGAAUUUCGUCAGCUCGGGUUAGAUUCGGCCAGCUUUACAAUUUUCGUUUUUAAUUCUAAUCAAUGCUGAUGUUCAGCUUCUGCUCCUUUUCUUUAAGGUCAGCUCGGAGCUUUUCAAAUUUUUGAUUGUCAUUGUGAGAUAACAUACCGGCAUCUUUUAGUUGGCAAUACAUUUUGAUUUUCAUUCUAAUAUCAAUCACAUUCUGUUCAGUUUUGUCCUGCUUUGGAUUUUGUAUGUUACUUUUUCAGCUGGCUGUGUCAUUCUCUUCACAAUAGUUUCAUCACUGAUUCCUGCUUUAUUGUUUGAGAGCCUGACUGUGUUUGUCAGAGUUGAAAUUUCUUUCUGUCUAGUAUCACUUUCUGUGUCUGCAGAAGCUAUGGUAACCAUACACAGCUUUUUAGUUAGCGUUGUACUGCCUUCUUCAGUUCUGUAAGAAUGUGACACCAUCUGUAAAAUAAACAAGUUAUUACACGUAGAUCAAUAGGCCUAAACAUACAUCAUAUUGUUAGUGUUGAAAUGUCCAAAAUACCAUAAUUCACUUAGUGGGACAAAACUAUAAACAAACAAAUUACUUUUGACUAAAAAUGACAUGAGUGUCCCCUUUUGCUUUAAAAUCGAGCUUUCACCAUACAUCAAGCUGGGCUUUCACAUCUGCAUUCUUGGUUGAUGAUGUUUUUUUCAGGGUUCACCAUAUUGCCCUCACUUCCUUUUAGACGUUUGCUUUUGUUUGAUUGGGGAAGGUUUUUCCAUAUUCUUCUAUAAGACUUAGAAACAAUUUUUCCACCAUUGUACUGUAUUUGUAGCAUUAGUUAGAUUCGUCAUUGUCACUGAACAUGCUAAAUUCAGGCUACUACAGUAUAUAACAGUUUUUAAGCAAUGUCAUCAUCAUAACAUGAGAAAGCUCAACAACAUGCCUAUACAUUCAUGUGACAGAACCCCACAUGUACAUAGUAAAAAAAACAUCAAGUUGCAACAUUGUACUACUGUAAGCCUAUUAAUAUUCGUGAACGAUUGAUAUUUGAGAAGAUUUCAAAACCUUUAUGUAUACUGUUAUGUUUGUUUACAAUAAAACCCACACUAUUUAGUUUUCAUCAAGAAAAAGAAAAGUAGACCUGACAAUACAAUAUUAGUCUGUCUUUAGUGAAUGUGGAGUCUUAUCAUAUUAAAACUGCAAACCCAUGAAUUAUUUGAGGUUACCUACGUCAAGCAUGUCUGUUAUGGCGAUACACACCUCUUGGUGUUUGAAAAAGUUGUUUAACCAUAUUUUAAUUAUACCAAAAGUACCCAAUUUAAUUGAAUUUCAUAUUGUAACAAUCCUGAAUUUAAUUUUACUGGUCAUCUUUCAAAAAGUGAACAACAAAUAGUUUUAUAUGACAUUUAUUGACAAUAAAAAAUUGGAUACAGUGAAUCCAAACCAAUGAGUGUCACAGAAAAGAAAAAUAAAUUAUUUUUGACUUCAAUCUAGAAUGCCACAACAGCUUUUAAUCAAUUCAAAGUCAGAACCUUCCACACAGGUUCAAAAGUAUAUAUUGGACAGGCAGACUCCCAUGAAUGUAUGACUUAAUAAACAUUAUAGGCUGACUGAUGAUUAUUAUUGAUCGUGUUUGUGUAUACAGUACAGCUUAUAUCGGCACAUGUAUUAAAAUGAAUCACAAUUAUCACUGAUUACAGAUUGAUAAAAUUUUCUGUGCAUAUGCAAAAUACCAAAUGCAUUGCUGUCAACCCCCAAUCCCCUGUACACAUGUAUACUUUGAUAAUCCCCCCCAGAACUUAUACACAACAAUGGAUAUUUAGAAAUGUGGAGCAUUUCAUAGUAAAAAUUUAAAAUAACUUACAAUAAAAAGAUUUUAAAAUGUAGCUCAUGGAAUAAAUAUUCCAUUUACUGAAGUUUCCUGAUUUGUAGUUUUGGUUGUUUUAAAAUUGUUCAUAUACUACUAUUCUGGCAUAAUUUCAGAUUACUCUGGUUUGGAUGAAUGCUAUCAAUUCUUGAUGAACUACUUACAUACACAAACCUAGUUUGUUUGUUUUUAAUUAUUAUAGUUUCAAAAUUUUAUGUUAUUUAAGCAAGAAAUCUACUUCUCAUUGGGAAACUGAAAAUAGUAACUUAUGUAAUAACACAAUUUGUGUAUCUCCACUUAAUUAUAAAGCAAUGAAUUCUUUGUAUUCUACUUAGAAUCAUAAGAUAAUAGUUUUUGCCUUAUCCAACCAUAUAAUAUCUUUUCUUACCAAAACCACAGGUAAUGAAAGUCAAUUUGUGGUGAUAAUUCAUACUAUCUGAAUAUAUUAUUGUAUACUUUGUGCUUAUUUUUAACUACUUAAAAAUAGUUUUAUAUUGUGUACAUUUGUAUAUAUAUAUAACAAAAAAAUUACUGAAAUGGAAAGAAAAACAUUGUGUAUCAGUUAAAAUGGGAAGAGGUUUACUAACUUGUAGCUUAUUUGUGAAUUGUGUCUUCUGGAUGUUUAUUUGCUUUGAUUAAUAAACGUUGUUUCUUACCAUUCUGUUCUCCCUUCAAAAGUUAUGAUUUUCUUAGUUUUAUUUGAAAAUAUUCUGUUGUGUUGAUAUAUAACAAGAUAUGCAUUUCCUAUCUCAAUGUCACUACAAAAUUUGUCAACAUUACUACUAAUCAGAAGUUUUGAAAUAUAAACACCAUUUCCUAAUUUUAGUACAAUUAUAAUUAUGAGUAAUCAUCUUAAAACUUUUUCAGGAUGUUUUACUAAUCAUCUUUUCAUAUCAUAAAAAUGGUAGAAGUGACGUUUAGCAUCAAGAAUAACAAGACACAUUAGGAUGAACAUUAUUCUUAGCAAUUGGUCAUACAAGAAGUGAAAAACUUUAAUGUCUUUAAUUGCAACCUCAACAUUAGAAGCUUACAUGCAAGACACUAUACAGCAUAUAUUACUAAGUAUGAGGUAAUGAAUGAAAUAUUAAAAUAAUUGUGAAAAUUGGUAAUGAAAAGAUGCUUUGAUAGCAUUAUCUUCAUUUUGAUCUCAAAGAUGACAGAUCUAAGCAACCAAGAGAUUAAAACUUAAUAGCACAGCCACAUUGCUAUAAAAAUUGAACAUUCAAAUUAACUAUAAAACACUAUAGAAAUUGAAGAAAGUAAAACAACAUUAAAAAAAUGUUUUAUUGAAAUUAUAUGCAGUGCUAGAAGGCUUGUUACACCUCUUAACAUUGAUAACAUUUGAAACUACAAUAGCCUUCUAUCAGAAAUGAGAUUUUUACAUCGAUCCCACAAUACUAUAACUUUUCCUGCCUACGUGUGUUGAUUUUACACCUAUUGUGUGUUGUUUUGUUGCAUUUAAAAAAAAAACUCCUAGGUAAAAUUAUUUGAAACUUCAGUUGAAGUUUCUACAGUUUAUGUAGUUUCUGUAAAUAAUAAAUUUUGAAAACAUUUCUUUCCUGAAACAAAAAUUAUUGUUUUUGUUGUGGAUUUUAGUGUCUUCCUAUAUGCUUGUAAAACUUUCCUUUAAAACUAAAUUUUAUCUUUUGUUAUUUUU